AUGCAAACCAUUAAGGAGGCCGAGAUUAAUUUACUGAGGGGUGUAGACCCUACUGAUACGCGAAUUGAACGUUAUAUGCCGUACACAUAUCUAGUGAGUGAGGAAGUGGAGAAAUGGACCCAGUCACAUGAUGGUGGAAGACGUUACGGGGCAAUGACAACCAAUAUCUCCGAGUGCUUUAAUGGGGUACUUAAAGGUGCCCGCGGUUUGCCCAUUGCUGCAAUGGUUCAUUUCACUUGGUGCAAACUUGUUGCAUAUUUCCACGAUCGACAUAAACAAAUUACUUCUGAUCUCUCUCGAGGUAAGCUAUGGAGUGAUUAUGCAAUGGAGAUCUAUAGCAGAAAUGAGCAGAAAAUUGCAGGACACACUGUGAGGAAAUUUAAUCAUGCAGAGGGUGUAUAUCAGGUGGUUACCCCGUACAAUGACCAUAGAGGUGGAAGGGGAAACCACAGUCAUGAAGUGCGCAUAUUUGCUAGAACAUGUGGUUGCAGAAAGUGGCAAAACUUGAAGAUCCCUUGUUCACAUGCAAUUAAAGUUCUUCAAGGUCUGCAUCUCAAUGCGACCAACUAUAUUGACCCAUGUUACAGUUUGAACAACGCCAUUCUCACAUAUUCACAUAAUUUUGUGGUACCAAAGUCAGAGUCUGAGUGGAGGGACGUUUCCGGACCACGAUGGGUGCCUGAUCCACUGCUGUUGCGGGGCAUAGGUCGUCCUGUGAAGUCAAGAAUAAGGAAUGAAAUGGAUGGGGUACGGCGAGAACGGGGAAGCCGGAGGGAAGAUCCGGACUUGAGGGAGACUCAACCGAGGCAACAAUGCGGAGUGUGUCAUCAAGAGGGGCAUAACCGUAGAAGUUGUCCCAAUUCCCGUGGGGCAUCGACAAGUGGUACUACUAUAAACUAG